AUGGCGCCUUGGAGGAUACGUGCUACCAUGGACGAGAUUGACGUUGCUCGUAGAUAUGCCGGACAUCCGACGAUAUUCUCUGUCCGAUUACACCAUGGUGGACAGUUUACAAAGUUCCCUGGAAGAAAGUACAUCAAAGGCAAGCAAAAUUAUGUUGAUUUACUAGACAUUGACACCUUUUCCAUUCACGACAUUGACGAGAUGAUGGAGGAACUUGGGCAUAUUGAUUCAGACGAAACACUACUCUAUUAUCAUUUCCUGAGACCAUUUGGCGAUUUGGAUUUUGGGUUAUUUGCUUUGGGUUCAGAUCAGGAUGUUCAUCAUCUGGACCUAACAGAAGUUGAGAAUGAUAGUCAUUUGGACAAAGAACCAUCUUUGGUCGACCAUAUUGAAUUUGAAAUGAAUGUAGAGAAUGAGGAUGAUUAUGAUGGUAGUGGACACAACAAUGGCAGUGGAAAUGAUGAGUUUGAUGAUGAUAGUGAGAGUGAAGAUAGUGAUUUUUUUAUUGAUGAGGACAAUCUCAUACACGAUGUUGAUGUGGAUAUGAAAGAUUUCCAUAUGAACAUUGACAAGGAUGUAGAAUGGGUUGGAGGUUCUUCUGAAAGUAAUGUACCUGAAGAUACACAACAAGGUGACUUAGAAGUGAUCAACACAGAGGUUUUGUUGUCUGGGUCUUCAUCAGAUGAGGCAAAUGAUGAGCAUAUAGUACAAGUUAUUGAGACAAACCCAAAGAUUCCUAUUAGGGCUUUACGAGAGCAACUCCAACGUGAGUACCAGAUGGACAUUUCGCAUAUGAAAACUUUUAGGGCAAAGCAGCAAGCUUUAAAGCAUGUUCAAGGAGAUUAUGCCAGCCAAUACAGGUUGUUAAGGGAUUAUGUUUUAGAGGUACAAGCACGUAACCCAGAUACUACGGUUAAAAUUGAUGUUGAAAGUGAAGCGAAUCCAACUGUUGAGACAAGAACAUUCAGGCGUAUCUAUGUUUGCAUUGGAGCUUUGAAGCGAGGUUUUGCAGCGGGAAGAAGGGACUUUCUUGGACUUGAUGGAGCCUUCGUGAAAGGUCCAUAUCCAGGCCAAGUUUUGUCUGCUGUGGCAUUGGAUGGUAAUAAUGGGAUAUAUCCUUUAGCCUAUGCUGUGGUUGAAUCAGAAACAUUGAAUUCUUGGACUUGGUUUUUAAGUAAUUUGGGUGAUGACUUAGGUUUGGGAACAAAUUCCAAUUUCACGUUUAUGAGUGACAGGCAAAAGGGUUUGUUGCCUGCGAUUGCAACACUAUUUCCAUGUGCAGAGCAUCGCUAUUGUCUUCGUCACAUACACGACAACAUGAAAAAGAACUGGAGGGGAAAGGUGUUCAAGGAUCUUCUUUGGGAAUGUGCCACGACCUCUAAUGUACAACACUUUCAUCAAGCAAUGGAAAAACUAAAGAAGCUUAACAAUGAUGCUUAUGAGUGGCUGAAACAAAUACCUCCUCAAAGUUGGGCUCGCUCCCACUUUACUGGGAGAGCACAUUGUGAUGCUCUAACUAAUAACCUAUGUGAAGCAUUCAACAGCAAGAUAGAAGAUGGUCGUGAUGCACCAAUUAUUAAUUGCAUUGAGUUCAUCAGAGAAUACAUUAUGAAGAAGAUAGUCAAAGUUGACAAGUGUGACAACCGUAAAUUCUGGUCAAUUCAAAGUCAAAUAAAGUCAACAAGUCAAACCGGUCAGCUCAACUAA